UGUGGGACCGCGUCGGGUUCACCGCGGAGCCACGGCUGCAGAGUUCUGACUAGUGGACUGACUGUGCGCCACGCCGACGGGGGUCCCCCAUGGAGCCCCACACAGUUCUUUCCUUGCCUCCGUCUCUGCCAACCUCUUUGACUUAGGUAGAGACACAGAAGGUGAGCUUCUCAGAUCUGUGGCCAAUGCCAGGACGAGACAGAGAGGCCGUGUGGGGGAUUACAGGAACCUCGUGCGGCAAGAUUUUCCUGGGUCUGGAGCGAUGGACUCACUGCCAAGAGGGCAGGAGUGAGUGCGGUGAAGAGGAGCCCCCACCACACCUGGCUCUGGGAGUCAGCGGGGCUGCCAUGCACCUGGGUGAGGCGGAAACCCAGGCGUCAUUUUUUAAAAAAUUAUUGAUCUCUCUUUUGAGAGAGAGAGAGAGAGAAACAUUGAUAGGCUGCCUUGAACCCACAACCUAGGUAUGUCCCCUGACUGGGAAUUGAACCCACAACCUUUUGAUGUACAGGACAGCACUCCAACUAACCAAGCCUACCGGCCAGGGGGCAAAGAUGUGUCUUCAGGAGCCCUAACCCCAUGCCUUGUACUAAGACCCUGCCCGGGAGGACAGCCUGCCCUGAGAGGGGGACUCCGCUUUGCCUGUCUCUCAGGUGCGGGGCCCCCAAGGCCAAGGGCGGAUGCCGUGGCCCCGUUGGCUGGCCUGGCUCGGACGUGCAGCUCAGGCUUGCCGUCAGGGGAGCCUGGGUUCUCCUCCCAGAGCUCCGGGUCCGCCACCCUGGCCCUGUCCGGCAGGCCUGUCCAUGCAGCCUCGUACGAAAGCACUCCGUACCGCUAACUGCUGGAGGUGCAGGGAAGGCGGCCGCCUGCUCCGUGGAGAAGCUGCAGGGACGUCCUGUCCGGGAAUGGACCAUUACCCAAACGCUGCUGCUAGUGCAGCCGGGACACAGCUUACAUGCGGCUUCCGGCAGCCGUGCAGGUGCGUGGCACCUUGCCAUCAGAGUGUGCCCACGCGGGACAGAUGCCCUUCUGUCACAGCUGGCCACCCGAGCAGGAGCCACCGUGGCAGGACACCUCAGCACACCCCUCCCCUCUGCCUGCAAAGUGAGGCCCCUCCAGAUCCCGCUUUGUCAAACUCUCGCCGAGGUACUUCGUUUUCAGCCGAACUGUUUCUCAGCCCGUCCCCUCGGUGAUCAGCUGCGGCCUCACCCUGCCCUCGGCGGCGGUCACGUACCACGCCUGUCGGUUCCUCUGUUUCACGCGUUUCCCGGCCGGACCCGCAGAGGGCAGUGCAGAUGCUCCAAGCGGCCCGGAGACAAGCAUGGCCUGCGGAGGUGGGUCCUGGAGCAGGCAGAGCUCCGGCAGGUGGAGAGCAACGUCCCUGGGCGGCGGAGUGGAGGAGGAGGGACGGGGAGAGGGAGUCUUGCCGUGGAUCAGACCUCAGCCUCCGCCGCCUAG